AUGAAUGAAGAUCUGAAGGUUAAUUUGAGCUGGCUGCCUCAGGAUCAUGUAGAAGCCAGCUUUACCGAGAAUGCCUCAGCUGCAGGCUCCUCCCUGGUUCCUGUCGUAGACCCAGAGCCAGAGCUUUUGGUAAACCCUUGGGACAUUGUCUUGUGUACUUCAGGGACCCUUAUCUUCUGCGAAAAUGCCAUUGUGGUUCUUAUCAUUUUCCAUAAUCCCAGUCUUCGUGCCCCCAUGUUCCUCCUGAUAGGCAGCCUGGCGCUGGCAGAUCUCUUAGCGGGCAUUGGAUUGAUCAUCAAUUUCGUUUUUGCAUACCUUCUGCAAUCAGAAGCUACGAAACUGCUUACGAUUGGACUGAUUGUUGCCUCUUUCUCAGCAUCUGUUGGCAGUUUGCUGGCCAUUACUGUUGAUCGUUACCUCUCCCUGUAUUAUGCUUUGACUUACAAUUCAGAGAGGACUGUCACUUUUACCUAUGUCAUGCUUAUAUUGCUCUGGGGAGCAUCCGUCUGUAUUGGACUGCUGCCUGUAAUGGGCUGGAACUGCCUCAGAGAUGAAUCCACCUGCAGUGUUAUCAGACCACUCACUAAAAAUAAUGCAGCUGUCCUUUCGGUGUCUUUCUUGCUUAUGUUUGCCCUCAUGCUGCAGCUCUACAUUCAGAUCUGUAAAAUCGUGAUGCGCCAUGCCCAUCAGAUUGCCUUGCAACACCAUUUCCUGGCCACUUCCCACUAUGUGACCACCCGAAAAGGAGUGUCUACUUUGGCCAUUAUUUUGGGGACUUUUGCUGCUUGCUGGAUGCCUUUUACACUCUAUUCUUUAAUAGCAGAUUACACCUAUCCUUCUAUAUACACCUAUGCCACCCUCCUGCCAGCUACCUACAAUUCCAUCAUCAAUCCUGUAAUAUACGCUUUUAGAAACCAGGAGAUACAGAAAGCACUUUGGCUCAUCUGUUGUGGCUGUAUUCCUUCUAACCUGUCUCAGAGAGCAAGAUCACCCAGUGAUGUCUGA